AUGCCUUAUUUGCUAAUAUCUACGCAAAUUCGACUUGAAACGGGACCAACAUUUGUGGGAGAUGGAGACAGCGACAAGGAGCUAAUGGAGCGGUUACGUGCGCAUCCCUCACGGCAGCUUGGGAACGAGUUCGUGGAGUACAUGACAACCUUGGCUCCUCGUCAAGUCCUGAAUAUCCUCGAAAAGGAGGGAUGGAAAGUGGUUGGAAUGGCUGGUAUUGGCCAAACAUGUGCGCUUCUGAAGUCGAAUGCUCGAAAGCCCAAGUCUUGUAGAUCGGCAGUUCAAACCGCCACCUUAGUGAAGAUCGCUGCCGGAGGAUUUUUAGUAGGAUCCACAGCAUUGUACUUGGCACAGAAGUCUGUGCAGCAUAGAGUGCGAAAACUUCCUCAUUACGCUGAAAGUUUGAAGAUCUUCGCUCAACAUGACCGUGCCAGGGAUGCAUUGGGACCGCCAAUCAAGGUGGGAUCAGUGGACCUCGCAGAUCGUCGACAUAAUUAUGUGGGAAAAACGACGAGCAUGUUGCGGAUUCCAGUGAUAGGAACAAUAGCUGGAGGUUACAUGGACGUUAUGGCUGUAAGAGAUGAUGAAACCACACCCUUCGUCACAGCAAAAAUAAGGUUGAUAUUAGACGAAGCAGCUGUCUCAAUUUAUGACACGGGUGCAUGGAAGGAUAGCGCAUCUGAAGAAGCAUCUCGGUAG